AUGCUUCUUAGAGCAUGUGGAUCCCAAUCCUCUCCUGAACCUCCACCCAUACUAACAGACGGAAAUGAAAUAGAAAGAGUAAACACCGUCAAACCUCUUGGUGUAUGGAUGCAAAACGACUUAAAGUGGAACACCCAUGUUCGCAAAAUUACAAAAAAAGCGAAUAAAUUAUUAUUCCUUCGAGAAUGUAGGAAAUCCUCCCUACCACUCGGGAUUGGGUACUGACAUACACGACAAAAUGAGGCCAAUACUUGAAUACGCUUCGCCAGUCUGGGAAGGAAUCCCUAAAUAUCUCGAAACAGAAAUUGAACGCGUUCAACAAAAAAGCGUGAGAAUCCUAGGACUGGAGAAAUAUACCCUCCCCAUGCUAAAAGAAAGAAGGGAAAAGGCAACAUGCAACGAGCUGAAAAGAAUCGUGGAAGUCCCAAACAACCAUGUAACCGUUAUCUAGCCAUCAGAAAUAAUUAAACUUACGAACUGAGGAGGACUAGACACCGCUUUCCAAGACAGUCCUCAAGAACACACAGACAUAGUACGUCUUUUAUUCCAAGGGCGUUUCAUCAAAUUCAUGAUUAUUACUGUAUAUUGUGUUUAAAUAGUUUUUCAACUUUUUUACACCUUUCAUUAGACUUACAUAUAUAUUUAUAUAUUCCACGGGAGGGACGAGCCACCACCCCCCCCCCCCACUCUCCUUCAGAACCACCUUCGAAUCCGUUGAGAAACUGGGGUAACACUGAUCCGAUUUUUAGCUAAAAACAGAAAGCUACCACUGUAAAUAGAUCGACAGUAUAGUUCAAAGUCUCUCUCCUCCGCAGAGGCUUUAGUUUUCUUAGGAUUUAAUAUUACGAUGAGAUACAUUUCACUACACUUUACAUGGCUGAUCUUGGAACACAAGCGUAGCCGCUGGGCGAAGGAGCAAAGUCGUAAAAUGUAUUAUUUUUCGUGUAUUUUAGAUAAUGUUAUAAACUUCUGAAUCCUGUAAAAUCUCACUUUGAAAAUAGUUCAAAGUCUUAAAGUGUAAUAUUUUUUGUAUUUUAUGAUGUUAUAAUCUUCUGAAUUUUGUAAAAUCUCACCCCAAACAGGCGUUUCAUAGGCUCUGAAUUUCAAAAUAUUCCCGGGGGAGCAUGCCCCCGAACCCCCUAGAUUAUUCGCGCCUUUUGUGCUCAACUUGUCCCCCCUCCCCCCACUUUGUUUACCCUGGCUACGCCACUGUGUGAGCGCAAGAAACGAGACGAAUUGGAGGACAGGUAACCGUACAAAUCCGUGUGAACAAGUGGAACCGGACGAAUUUGGGUUGCGAAUUCAUCCUAUCCCCUGUUAUCCUAUCCCGUCAGUUCUCUGUUGUUUGUCAAAAUAGACGAAGAAGAAGCUAGCGAAGUAGUAGCUGAUGAAGAACUGGCUGAAGAAGAAGUGACUACUGGCAGGAAAGCGACUGGAGAAGAGGUAGUUGAGGAAGAAGUAGCAAUGAACUUCAUUGGAGCUGUCCGUGUCGUGGUGGUGUCAAUUCAAGCUUGUAUUUUCUUGGUUUCGUCGGAUUCGAUCGGACUAGCUGACUUUGCGCCUCCUUCCUAA